UGCUCCUCCUCCUCCCGAUCGCCGCUCCAGCGGAGCCGGAGCCGUGCGGGCUGCCCGGGAAUGGCCAGCGCCGGGAGAGCCCCCGCGCCGGGGCUGCCGGAGAUGCCCACGGAGGAUGGGACGAGGCCGAGGGGACGGCAGGUCAACGGUGAGGUCAGCGGUGUCCCCCGGCCCAGGGGGAUGGGGGACCCCUCGCUCCGGGGCAAGGCAGCACCCGCUGCCAGCAGGACAGACGCGAUGGCAGAGGGCUGUGAGCCGGGGCCGGCACUGGGUGACGGGGAUGUGAGCCCCGGGGGAGCCCCAGAGCGAGCGUGGCAGCCCGAGGAAGCCCUGAUGACCGAGCUUUCGGAGCUGGUGCAGAAGGUGGUGAAGAGCAGCAGCUGGUGGGAACGGCACGGCGUGGACAUCAGCAUCCUUGCCUGCAGCUUCCUCCUGCUGCCAGCAGGGUUCCUGUGCCUGCGGUCGUCCCAGGCCAUCCCUUUCCUGGCGGGUAUCCUCACCCUUGGCGUGGUGCAUCACACCCUGACUGUCAAGGGCAGCCACCUGGCCAGCCACAAUGCCUUGACUGAGUCCAAGCCCUGGAGCAAAGUGUGGGCUGUCUUCUUCAUUGAGCUCUGCUCAGCUUUCACAGUCGAGCAGGCCACGUACAACCACGUGAAGAUCCACCAUGGCUACACCAACAUCAUUGGACUGGGGGACUCCAGCACGUGGAAACUUCCCUUCCUGAACCGCUACGUCUACAUGUUCGUGGCUCCUCUCGCAGUGCCCAUCCUAACCCCUCUGGUGGCACUUGGUAGAGACCUGAAGCUUCAAGGUAUCCCAACAGUGCUGGAGACAGGCAAGCCACCACCCAGUGCCCUGAUGCUUCUAGCUGGAGCUUGUGUCACCUUAAGGCGUGUGGGUGCAGUUGUGCUGAUGUUGUCACCAGGAGGAUCAGGCUGGUGGUGCUGGGUGGAAAGUGGUGGCCCUUGGAAAAUGUCAGGGCAGCACAUUGGCCUCCCCAUGUUCGCUGCCGACCGCAGACCCAAGCGGAUCCACCUCAUGAGCCUGGGUGUCCUCAACCUGCCCCGCAACGCCCUCCUCGACUGGUCCUUCGGCCACUCGCUCAUCAGCUGCCACGUGGAGCAUCACCUCUUCCCCAGCCUCUCUGACAACAUGUGCCUGAAGAUCAAACCCAUCGUCUCCCAGUACCUGAAGCAGAAGAAGCUGCCCUACAACGAGGACACCUACAGCUCCAGGCUCUGGCUGUUCCUCCAGAGAUACGAGGAGCUGAUGGUCCAUGCUCCCCCCAUAACGGAGCUGGUGGGCAUCCAGUGAGGACCACGGGGGCUGCAGCACCUGGGGGGCUGUUUCCCGCAGGGACACUCAGAGGGAUGGUUUUAGCAGGAACCAGCACCUCCAUGAAGUCAUCGUGUAGAAACAUCCCUCCCUGAACUCUUGCUUUUGGCUAGAAAAUGGUGCACAUAGCCAUGGCAGGGGGAGAGCAACACCAGGGACACAAAAAUCGGGGUUCCCCACAGUUAUUCCCAGCCAGGGCUUACUUUUAUCCACUCUGCUUUGACACUUGGGGAGAGGAAACCACCCCGUCUGUGGGGGAUGUGACACCGUGUCCGGGACACGCAGAACUGAGAAGCACCAGGAUCUGCAGGAUGGAGCUGCAGCUGUUUGUUCGGGGUCUCAGGGAAGGGGUGGAUGUGGGAAGGGGGCUGUGUCACUGCUGCUUGUGCUUUGGGCUAAAUCAGUCCCUUCUAGGAACAAAGAUUUGUUUCAAAGAUAAGCUCGGCCUUAACACUUUGGGGUGGAUUUCCUUUAUCACUGGGUUUUUUUGCUGGAGGAAGUUUUACUGGUAUCCUGUGGUGCCCAGGGCAGGAGUGGGGGCACCCAUGGGGGUGUCUGUGUUGGGGUGCCAGAGUCAUUGGGGCCCCUGGGCAUUGCUGUGGCAGGAAUUCAUCAGGGAAUCAUCUGCCAGAGCAGCUGGUGUCCCGGGUGUGGGAGCUUUCCUUGUUUGGGGAGGGUGAGCUCUGCCUGUGCUGCUGCCAGGGCUGGGAUGCUCACCUGGCCUCUUCAAGGCACCUGUGGGAGGCUGUGUGUGUCUUCAGCAGGGUGCUCUGCUGCCCCAGACCUGCGAGACCGAUGGCAAAGCCCACGCCAGGGCCACGCUGGGGAGAGGCAGCAGAGUGGCCAGGCUGGCAGCAGUGUGGCUUUGCCCUCAGCCUGGGGCUUUGCUCUCUGAGUUGUCCUCCCCUCCGGGCUGGACCCCUGCAGUGCCACACUGUGGAUUUGGGAGGCUCAAGGAUGCUGUGCCCUGCUCCUGAGGAGAAGCUCCCUGUGCUGUGGGGCCGGAGCUGGCAUGGCCGUACCAGGCUCCAUGGCAUCCCUGUGCAGAGAUCCAGACUCAGGAGCAGGAGCAGUGCUCCUGGAUCUACCCAGCCUGACCCCUUUGGCAUCAGAAAUGCUGAAUUAUUGAUUUACCCUGGGCUGGGCUCCAGGGGCUGCUGAUGCACUGCUCUGCUGGCAUUGCCACCCUCUCCAGGCCCCUGUGGAUCCAGGACAUUGUGAAACACCCAGAGGGCAAAUUCCCAUCCUCUGAGCAGGGCUUGGGCUGGUCUGUAGGUGGGACAGCAGCUGGAGGGGUAUGGCCAGAGCAAAGGGCCUGAAUGCUCUGGGGGGGCUGAGACCCUCCCCAGAGCACCUCACCCCUUCCCCAAUUAAUCUCUCAACUGAGCAUCAAAGAUAAGAUAAAGGUGACAAAUUACUGGCAUUCCCAGCUCCAGCAAGGGGACAAGGGGGCAUUAGAGGUGCUUUUGGUUCAGGUGGGGUGAUCUUCACCUCACCUGUUCCUGUUUGUGGGCACAAAAUGCUCUUUUGGCCUCUCCUGCUGCAAAGAGAUCAGGCCUCAAAAUGUUCCCAGGCACCGGUCAGAGCAACAGCUCUUUUCCCAGCUGGAUUUUAUGGAUGAUGUUUAAAGCAAUGCCAGCUGAAGGCGAGUGUUUGCAGGUCCC